CCCUUCUCCCACUCGGAAUUCAUCCUUCUUGGCUUCCCCGGGAUCUCGAGGUCCCGGCACCUCCUGGCCAUUCCCUUCCUUAUCAUCUAUUUGGUGAUUUUGUCCGGGAACGUCCUGAUCAUCUACAGAAUCUGGGCGGAACUUAGCCUGCACUCCCCCAUGUACAUCCUCAUCGCUCUGCUCUUCUCCGUCAACAUCGCCUGCACCACCGCCAUCGCGCCCAAGGCGGUCCUGAGCGUCCUGCUGGGGAUGGAUGGCGUUUCGCUGGCCACCUGCCUGUUCCAGAUGUUCUUCAUGUACACCAUGGUCAUGUUUGAGUCCGACGUCCUGCUUCUGAUGGCUCUGGACCGUUAUGUGGCCAUCUGUAGGCCCUUGCGCUAUCAUGACAUCAUGAGCGGCCGCUUGCUGGUGCAGCUUUCUGUGGUGGGCCUCGUUAAAUGCGGUCUGUUUGUCUCACCGAUUAUUAUUGUGGCCGCCCAGGUCUACUUCUGCUCCUCCAACCUCAUCCUGGACUUCGCCUGCGAGAACAUGGUCCUCCUGAACCUCGCCUGCGGGGACACCGACCGGAUCCAGGUGGUGGGGCUCAUGGUGAGGGUUGUGGUGACGGCCCUGGACAUCACGCUGCUCCUCCUUUCCUACGGCUGGAUCCUCGCCGCCACCAUGAGGAUCGUUACAGGGAAGGAACGCCACAAGACGCUGCACACAUGUGGGACGCACCUCUCCGUGGUGGUUCUGAAUUACUCCUGCGGUCUUCUCUCCUCCAUCGCCUACAGGUUGCCGAUCUCGCUGGACGUUCAGAACCUCACCAGCGCUAUUUAUUUCCUGCUCCCGGCAACGGUACAUCCGCUAAUCUACGGCUACAGGGUGCGGGAGAUCCGAGCAUGCCUGGUAAAGACUCUGAGAUUCAAUAAAAGUCUUUAG